AAAAAGUACACGAAAGAAAAGGAAAGGAAACAGGGGAGGAAAAAGAAAAAGAAAAGUAAAAAAAGAAAGAAAAAGGAAUUACAACAACUCCGUAAACAGAAACACGAUUUUUCUUUUCUGUAGAAUUUAUCAUCAAAUCGAAUCUGUGUUGAUAAGGAAGGUGAUCGGGGAUCGGAUUGUGGAGAUGUCGUGUUCUUCGUCGUCGGGGUCGGGGUCGGAGGAGGACGAUGAGGGAAUCGACUCUUACAGGAAAGGUGGCUAUCACGCUGUGAGAGUCGGCGAUCCGUUCAACGGUGGUCGGUAUAUCGCUCAGAGGAAGCUCGGAUGGGGUCAGUUCUCCACCGUCUGGCUCGCCUACGACACUCGAACCUCUAAAUAUGUUGCUCUUAAGAUCCAGAAAAGUGCACAGCAAUUUGCUCAAGCUGCUCUUCAUGAGAUUGAAAUCCUUUCAGCUAUUGCUGAGGGUGAUCCCUCGAAUUCCAAGUGUGUUGUGCAACUGGUUGACCAUUUUAAGCAUAUCGGUCCAAAUGGGCAGCAUUGGUGCAUGGUCCUUGAAUUUCUUGGUGAUAGCUUACUUCGAUUGAUCAGGUUUAAUCGUUACAAAGGACUUCAACUGAAUAAAGUUAGGGAGAUCUGCAAAUGCAUUUUGAUAGGUCUCGAUUACUUGCAUAGAGAACGUGGUAUAAUCCAUUCUGACCUAAAGCCUGAAAAUAUUCUUCUCUUUUCUACCAUUGAUCCUGCCAAGGAUCCAUUUAGAUCUGGUCUUACCCCAAUUCUUGAAAGACCUGAAGGGGGAAGCCUAAAUGGUGGAUCUACCACGAAUAUGAUUGAGAAGAAGUUAAAAAGGAGGGCAAAGAGGGCAGUUGCUAAUAUAUCUGGGAGAAGAGCUUCUCUGGGAGGAGAGGCUCUAAAGUCUCAGAGAUCUCUAGAUGGGGUUGAUGUCAGGUGCAAGGUUGUGGAUUUUGGAAAUGCAUGUAGGCCUCAUAAACAAUUUGCAGAAGAAAUUCAAACAAGGCAGUAUAGAGCUCCUGAAAUUAUACUUCAGGCUGGGUAUUCCUUUUCCGUGGACAUGUGGUCUUUUGCUUGUAUAGCCUUUGAACUUGCUACUGGUGACAUGAUGUUUACGCCUAAGGCCGCACAAGGCUAUAGUGAGGAUGAGGAUCACCUUGCUCUCAUGAUGGAACUCCUUGGGAAGAUGUCUCGAAAGAUUGCCAUUGGAGGAGCUCAAUCCAAGGAUUACUUUGACAGGCAUGGGGAUCUAAAGAGAAUUCGGAGGCUGAAGCAUUGGCCACUUGAUCGGUUGCUGGUGGAUAAAUACAAAUUCUCCGAGGCGGAUGCCCGUGAAUUUGCAGAGUUUUUAUGUCCACUUCUUGAUUUUGCACCAGAGAAGCGGCCAACUGCUCAACAGUGUCUGCAACAUCCGUGGCUCAAUCUCAGGACUUCAACUAAGAAUGAGACAGAGAAUCACUCUAAUGUGGAAAACUUGAAUGUUGGGAUGAGCAGCCUCCGGAUUAAGGUGGGAAAGUAAAGAAGGUAUCAAAGAUGUCACCACAAGUAUUAAUUUUGAUUUUAUUUUUUAUUUUCCUGUGUUUGUUACAUUUUUAAUGAAAUUUAUUAUUUUGAUUAAUGAUUAACUAAAUGUAAAGUACAAUUAAUAAUUACCACAAGUAAAUGAUAUGGACAAGA